ACGGGCACGGGGGGGAAAAUAUCUUAGUCAACAAACAACAACGAGGUCUGAAGCGCUUGAAUGUAUUUCCUUGAGUACAUCGUUUAUCAUCAUCACCAUUGUCAUCCUCUUCCUCAUCUGGGCUUCUUUCUCUCUUGUUGACCUUCAUUUCCUCCGGGCGAUUAUUGUUUUCCUUUCUCCGACGACGAGCGAUUCCCUUUGUUUCCUCGGCGAUUCUCGUUUUGUUUCCGGUUUCAUGUUUUGGGGCGAUUAAUGUGCGAGGUGGUCUUCGUUUCAUGAUUGUUUGUCUUUGCUCUCCACUUUGUAUGAUUUCUCAGAAUUGGAAAUCGCCGAAAGUUCGAAUUUUGUUCAUCGGGGUUUUGUCGGAGAGGCGUUAGCUUCUCUGGGUUUCGAACCGAGGGGCAUGAACGAGGAAGACCAAAGUGAUUUGCUGUUCUAAUUGGGCAAAGUUAGGGAUUUGUCUCGAUUUUCAGGUUCGUGAUUUGACUUGAUCUGGUAUGAUGAUGAAUAUUAGAAUUUCCAUGGUUUUUCAAUGCUCUAGGAAUUGUAGGAGAUGAUUUGAGAAUCUGAAUCCUUGUUUUGAGGGUGUUUCGGGUUAUUUAUGAACUAUGUGGAAACAGAUUCUAAGCAAGCUUCCCAAAAAACAUUCCAAAAAUGAUCGUCAUGGUCAUUCUUCACCCCAAACCACUGCCUCUACUUCGAAAAGCGCCUAUCAGGGCACUGGGAGAUCAGUCAAUUCACAUACAAAGAACACUCCGGCCGUCAAAUCUGAUCCCGAUACCAGGUUUAAAGACGGGAAUCUAAAGGCCAUUGCAAAUAGUGUUUUCACCCCGUAUGAAGCAUUGCCGAGUUUCAAAGAUGUUCCGAAUGCAGAAAAGCAGAGCUUGUUCAUAAGAAAGGUUCAGUUGUGCUGUGUAGUGUUCGAUUUCACCGACCCGACAAAGAACAUCAAGGAAAAGGAUAUCAAGAAGCAGACUUUGCUGGAGCUGGUGGACUAUGUGACUUCUGCCAACGGGAAGUUCAGCGAAAAUGUUACCCAGGAAGUUGUUAAAAUGAUCUCUGCCAACGUAUUCAGAACCCUAAAUCCUCAACCACGUGAAAACAAAGUUAUCGACGCCCUUGAUCUGGAGGAGGAAGAGCCUUCCAUGGAUCCUGCAUGGCCUCACUUGCAUCUUGUGUAUGAGGUUUUCUUGAGGUUCAUUACCUCGCCAGAAACAGAUAUUAAGUUGGCCAAGAGAUAUGUGGAUCAAUCUUUUAUUCUUCGGUUGCUGGAUCUUUUCGAUUCGGAAGAUCCAAGGGAAAGAGAUUGCCUGAAAACCAUUCUCCAUCGUAUCUACGGAAAGUUCAUGGUUCAUCGCUCAUUCAUCAGGAAAUCGAUAAACAACAUCUUCUACCGGUUAAUCUUCGAGACUGAGAAACAUAAUGGGAUUGCUGAAUUUCUUGAAAUUCUGGGAAGCAUCAUCAACGGCUUUGCUCUACCGUUGAAGGAAGAGCACAAACUGUUUCUUGUCCGUGCCUUAAUACCUCUCCACAAACCGAAAUGCUUGGCAACGUACCAUCAGCAGUUGUCUUAUUGUAUUACACAGUUUGUGGAAAAGGAUUGCAAACUUGCUGACACGGUUAUAAGGGGAUUGUUGAAAUAUUGGCCAGUGACGAAUAGUUCCAAGGAAGUCAUGUUCCUGAAUGAGUUGGAGGAAGUAUUAGAAGCAACUCAGCCGCCCGACUUUCAAAGGUGCAUGGUACCACUGUUUCGCCAAAUAGCUCGCUGUUUGAACAGUUUGCACUUCCAGGUUGCAGAAAGAGCCUUGUUCUUAUGGAACAACGAUCACAUUGAGAAUCUGAUAAUGCAAAACCGGAAGGUCAUUCUCCCGAUUCUGUUACCAGCGCUGGAGAGAAACGCUAGGAAUCAUUGGAAUCAGGCCGUCCGUAGCUUGACGCAGAACGUAAGGAAGAUGUUCCACGAUCUCGACCCUGAUUUAUUCAAGGAAUGCCUUGCCAAGUUCGAGGAAGACGAAUCCAAAGAAGCUGAAACAGAAGCAAGACGUGAAGCCACAUGGAAACGCGUGGAAGAAUUCGGGGCACACAAGGCUUCAUGAGGUUAGCUGUAGAGAACUUUCAGGUCUGGUUUUAUUUGAUCGGGUUUGGGGAUUUUCCUGAAACUUCGGAUACCAUUUGGGGCUUUGAGAAUGUCUGUGGCUGUAUCUGGUCAUCCAUCCAUCGUCUUGGAAUGAAAUAUGUAAGAUCCAUUUUCCUUUCAUUUUUAUUUUUAUUUUUAUUUUUUGGUAUUUUUGUUUCAGUAUUCUUCUCCGUUAAGCUUGUAAAUGGUUUCGCAAGGAUGUUUGAUCUGUUUAUUCUUCAGGACUGUCAUUUAAUCUCUAUUUGAUCACCUGCAAAAUUGCUGACAA